GCGGAGCAAGCCCAGGAGAUUCCAGAUGAAGGCCCAGCAGACGAGGAAGAGGCGAAGAAGGGAGACGAAGAUGGGCAACCAGUUGUUAAGAAGCGGCGCAAGAAAGGCGCAGUCGCGGACGAGGCGAACUCAUUUGUCUUCGCCUAUUUCGAUUUGAUGAGCCGGCAGGGCUGGUCUAAGGGCGCUCUCGUCCGUCUCAGCGUCGUGGCCAGUAAAAUUAUGGACGAGAUUGCAUCGAGCACCCGCGUUAUCACCGCGGCAUUCCGAAAGGAGCUGGCGGCCCUCGGCGAGCCGCGCCCGCAGCUCAGCUCGUCUUGGACCCGGAAUUUCCCCCAGGGGCUCGAGGCGCCCAACAGAGCGGCCAAGAAAGCCCCUGCGAGACAGACGGCGGAGCAGAUCGACGAGGCCACGCGGAGUCUUAAGUUAAAGAUUGCCUUCGUCCGCAAGAUGCACGAUAUCCCGUGGGAUCGCGUUUGGGGCUUUGAUGAAACCUCUAUACAGCUGCUGCCCACCUACAGGCGCGGGCGGGCCAAACAGCGGAACAAGGCGGUCGUCGCCGGGGACGACAAGACGAACGUGACCCCGGCAUUGACGCACGGGACUUCAUCUUCGCAGCUUUUGUGCCAGUUAAUAUUUAAAGGAAAGACUGAGCGCUCACAGCCCAAGGGCGUCGACGCUUGCCCCUGGCUUACCAUGACGCAGACAGAAAACCGCUGGGUCAACGAUGGGACUGCGUUAGAGGCCAUUCGACGCAUUGACGAAGAAGUAGACCCGCGUGUCGUGAUCCGAUCCCGGCCCUGGCCCCUCGUCCGGGGCGCGUGUCCCGCGCGCGUCUCCAGGGGCAUGCGAGGCGCACUUAUCGGGGAAUUUCCCAAUGUCAAGACCGUCUUUGUCAACGCGAAUUUUACCGGCAGUUCACAGCCCGCGGACGUGGCCCUCUUUUCGCCCCUGGAAAGCUUUAUUCGGCGGCUCGCCUGCGAGGACCUGCGCAGCAUCAUUGCCGCCAAGAUUGAUGAUCCCAAGCCACUCGCUAAGGUUAUUAAGAAAACGGUACUGAACAACAAGAUAGUGGGCUGGGUGCAAGGGGGAAUGCAAAGGCUACAGGAGAAGGACAAGUCGUUCGAAAAGGCCCGGCGCAAGCCCCCAGUUAAGGAGGAGCGUUUGGAUGUCGAAUGCGAGGCCGAGCAGGAGCACAACGCUGGGAAAUUAUUUCGUCGCGCCGGCCGUAAUCAGAUCGUCCCCGAGCAUCCUCCUGGCGACGAAGAGGCCGAAUUACCUGCCGAGGACCUGCAGCGGCCCGAGGAAGAAGCGCGGGGCUUAUUCGAGGAAGAGCGCGAUGAGGAGCCGCAGUGGGACAUGGAGGUCGCGAUCGACCCCGACCCCGAGCUGCCGCCAGACCCGUUUUCUCCCGAGGUGCCUACGGAGAUUGCCGCGUUACCUCCCGAGCUGCCGCCAGACCCGUUUUCUCCCGAGGCGCCUCCGGAGAGCGAUUCCGAGGCGCCUACGGAGGUUGCCGCGUUACCUCCGCUCUCGCCUUCUGCGGCGGAGAAGGCGAAGCAGUUAAUGAAGCAUUUCGCAGCCCUGCGAAUCGCCCAUGGCGAUCGUGACCCGAGCUGUUCUAAGACAUCGAAAG